AUGUUGGAAUUCAGAAGAAUCUUGCAGUUUGCUGUCGUGGCAAAGGAGCUCGGCGAUGUUGUCAAAGUGAAUUUCAUCAAGGGUAGCUUCUGCUUGCAACAGCUUUCUCGACAAGCUUCGUAUCACAAGGCGCACGGUUUCAUCAUCGGUAAGGAGCCGACCUUUAGAUCUUUGCCUUUCGCACAAGACCGAACAUUCCAGCGUGUGCUGAGGUCCAGCUGCUUCGAGGCAUGCUUCCUCGCAAAAGAGGGUGGUACAUCUCCAGCAACGAGCUCCCCCCCCUCUAUCAAUGCCCUUCAUGCAAUGACUGCAAAUAUCAUUCACAUGAUCGUCGGCUACAACUGUGCAAUAGUUUUCGGAUCGCAGAAGAACAGAACCAGCUUGACAGCUCCGCGACAACCUCGCAAACCUCCCAUACCUGCGGUCGAUGUGGAGCUGCAAUAA